ACACUAUAACAGAGCAGCGACCAACCGCCCGCCCACUGUCCCACGCUCACCAUGCACCACACUCGCCUCAAAAUAUCACCCUCCCCUCCUCCCCCUCGCCAGCUGAUGCUUCCCGCCCACCCGGUAGUGUUGCGCCUCCACACAUCCCGAUGAAGCAAUGGAAGGCUGCGAUGAUACCAAAACCCAGUAGUCCUGGCGAAGAUAAGGCGAAUGAGACUUAAUAAUAAUAUACGUAGCGAGUGCUUCAGUGUCUGGCACCGGCAGGCUACCAGCGGCCGCCCACCACAACUUUCCAGGAUUUUCUCCGCCUCGCCUCCGGGUAUGUGUGGUCGGUCUGUCCAUAGAUCUGUAGGAUAAUGUAUCGGAAGGCGUUUAGGUCUGGGAAUUUUUCUGUGGAUGUAGGAAUAAGGCGCCUGGAGCCAGGUGUAGAGGGAGAACGUGGCGAGGGGUGGCAGGCACGGGCACGAGGCGGAGUGCAGGUGUGCGCGUUGCCCGGCUGUGGGAACCCGCCUGUUCCCACGCUGCAGCCACAUUCCGACACUCCCUGCCAGACGCCGCCAGCACGCUGCUUCUUAUUAUUGCUGUAUUACGUUGUAUUUACUAAACUUUCUUAUUUAUUUGUGGAAUACGUAUGGUUAUAUUGUAUUCAUGAAGAGCAGAUAUAAGAAUAGUUCCAGUAAUUCUGGUGUGAGCAUUUGUCCCCUGGACCUUCUUAUUGCGUCGCGGUUGGCGACACCUGGCAAUAAUGCAGGGCAGGGAUAUAUAUACCGCGGCUCGUGGCCGGGAUGACAUACACUCGCUCUCUCUUUACCGGAGAUAGAACUGUGCCUUACACGCCUCCAGUGUUAUACACGCCCACUGACACUAUGGCGUCCACAUACGAAGUGAAUAUCGAGGAUGUUGAGCCGCUGUCCCGCACCUACCAGUACCGCAAGGUGAUGAAGCCCAUGCUGGAACGCAAACGACGGGCGCGCAUCAACAAGUGCCUCGACGAACUCAAGGACCUGAUGGUGGGCGCCCUCCAGUCCGAGGGCGAAACCAUCACCAAGUUGGAGAAGGCGGACGUGCUCGAACUGACAGUGCGCCACUUGCGUAAACUGAAGCAGCACCACGCCCUCGCCAUCCCCUCCCACAGUCAUCCACACGACAAAUUUCGUGCAGGCUUCACCCACUGCGCCAAUGAAGUGUCUCGCUUCGUGACCUCAGUGCCUGGCGUCGACCUGCAUGUGUCUACGCGCCUACUGUCACAUCUAGGCGGCUGCAUCACACAGCUGGACAAGAUGACAGUGCCACAACAGUCCAUCGCCGCCCCCAUCACGCCUGCAGCCACUCCAUCCUCCACGCCCACUACCACCAUGGUGCCUAUCACAGUCACAGUGCCGAGGGUCUACACGCCGCCUGCCAGCCCGGAGACCAAGCCCAGCCCCACCACCACCACCAGUGUGUCUGUCGUGGUUUCUCCGCAGCCCACAGCAGUCAGCCCGAAGCCCCCCACCACGCCACAACCCACACCUCCAGUUUCGGGACGCGUUGGAGUACCUUCGGGAAGUCCCAUGUGGCGGCCGUGGUAAGCAGGUGUCGCCUCGCUCACCCAUCAACCAGUACCUGAGUGCAGGCGCCCCACCCGCUGCUUCUUCCCGCCAGCCGUUCCAGGAAGGGCGACGCGACUACAUGACGAGAGGCGACGAGUGCGGCGCCCAGCCCAAGGGCAAAGCAGCCCGCCAGCAGCUACCCCGCGGGCGGCAUCUGCCUCGCGCUGUGAUACACUGUGAUACUUGUCUUUCAUGCAGAGCUAAAUCCAUAUUUAUUUUGUUAUCUUGUUAAUAAAACAGUCCCGAAUGUA